AUUCCCGCCUGAGGUAAGAAGCCCAGUCGUCAUCCAUUUUCCAAGGAUAUUUUAGAGCAAACUAAUCUUGGUCCAGGAUUGUUUCAGAUCCCCGCCAAAAGAAAUGAGGAGUACCUGGUAGCUACCUGUAUCUUUGCUCUGGAAUAUAUGGGCAGUGUAAGUACCAAUCAAGUAACUAACUUCCCCAUUGGCCUCCCAGCAUGUGACCUGACUUCAUCCAACUUUCUUUCCUCUUCCUCCUUCGUUGCAGCUAGUUACAACUUCUUCCUCUUCUUCCUCUUCUUCUUUGUCCUCUCCUUAACAUCGUUGCUUACUUACGGUGUAUUCGACAAGCAACCCCAUUACCUCUGCCGGCUGUCGACUACUUUUAUUCUUUCUUUUCGUGCCAGUCCUUGUUUUCCGCCCAUCGACGUCUUCUCGUUUCACCAUUCCGCUCGAUCCCAGCGGCUCUGAAACCGCUUACGGACGCCUGUGCCAUCUAUUAUUACCUAGGACCUCCAUUCGUCAGCUUGUUCCGUCGAAUUCUAAAUCGUCGCCCCUUGCGCUUGCGAGGCUAUUGCUGUUUGUUGAUUCUUUUAUCCAAGCACCUGGAACGCAACGGCCACAGUUUGUCAACUCUGACCCUGUUGGAAGCCUUGGGAAAGCAAAACCGCCUACCCGAUUUUUAUUUUGUUGCUUGCUUGUUUUAUUUUCCUCUUACUUGAAAAUAUCAUUAUUCAACCAAGACUUUACCAUUUUGGAAUUACCCUUCCCCACUCGCAUUACCGUUACCUAUGAUUGUCCGGCGGAAUUCCGACCUGGAAAUGCAUCUGCCCGAUACAGCCCAAGCGACCUCGUCAACCGCCACUACCAAUGAAGGCGACGUAGACAUGUCGUCAGGCGACGCGAACACAUCCCUCGCCUUACCAGCUAAGCUCGCCGCACGUUUCUAUCAAAAGUCAAGCGGCCGUCGGCGCGCGUCUGCCACUUCCUCCCGCCGCAGCUCGAUAUCCUCGUUGCACUCGAAUAUCUCGUCCCACGGGGGCCCGCACAGUGACCAUGUUGCGCAACACCUACGCCGUGCGUCCAUCAUCGAAUCUCGUAAAGCGCGCCUUGCUGACCGCGCAGCACAUGCGGAAAAGGUCCGGCUGCGCGCGGCGCUUGCCAAGAACGAGUCCAAACAUAUAUUGCGGGAGGAAAGGGCUUUGGCUGCCAAGCAGGCGCGUGAGAAGUUGCUGGCUGAAAUUACGGCCAAAUGCGAGGAGGAGGUGCGAAGAGCAAAGAAGAAAGCUGAGGAUAUGAAGGAGCGGAAGGCGGCAGAGCAUGCUAGGCAGCGAUUGGAGAUGGCGGAGAAAUUUGCAGAGGCAGAGAAGAGAAGGCUGCUUUAUCAGCAAAAUACCCGACGGCCACGGACUACGAGUCUUGCCGCAGCUGAGGAGAAGAGGCUGGCCAAGGCGUCCAUUAAGCAGAUGAGCCGGACUAGUGCUUCGCGGAUUAUUCAGCGGGCAUGGCGCAAUCACUAUGCGCGCACUGUUAUCAAGGAAUUUCGAGAGGUUGACCUUUCCCUGGAGCGGAUCCGCGCUUUGAGUUUUGACGAGGUUGGGGCUUUGCUGUCUGCGGAGAAACUCUUGGUUGUGACGGCCAAGGUUCUGCGCCUGUGCGGUUUGCAGGAUACAGAAGGGGGCGCGAUGGGUGAACGUGGCGCUGUCCGUACAUUCCUUAGCAGCUAUUUGAUAUUGGCCCAUCCGGCACAAGUUCUUAGCAGCAAUGGAGAGCAAGAGCAGGAUCUUAUCGCAAAAGGUCGGGAUUUGCUCGUCAUUUUCGAGCAGGUUAUUUCUCAAUUAUCAGCUAUUGGGGUGUGGCCUGCCUCGCUUGCCGCCGAUCUCCAGGCAUUGUCGGAGUCCUACAAUACUUUCUUUUCUGCAUUUCACGCCUGGAAGACCCACGAUUCCUCAGUCUUGAUAGAAAUCAUGUUAGCUCAAUUCAUCGAGCUGGAGCUUAUCUGGCAGACGGUCAAAGAUGACCGUGAGGGAGGUGUUGCUGAUGAUUACCAGCAAGGCAUCCGCCAGAAUCAAAUUUUGUUGCUUGCACGUCUUAAGAGACUGGCAGGUCCUGAAAAGGCAAUGGCGAUGGUGAAGCAAGCUUUGAGGAAAUCUAAGCGGGACAAGAUGAAAAACGGAUCUUCGCAACAGGCUAUCCCCCGCGCCGCAAGUGUGCCUCCGUCGUCUGCGGAGCUGCUCCCAGAGUCUGCCCAGUCGCCUAUCUGUGAAUCAUUCUCCGCCGCAGACCAAAUCGCUUUAGCCCAAUUGGAUCAGCAGGAGAUGACCCCCCGUGAUCGUUUUGCGAAGGCCUUGACGGCCCUGCCGGAUAACAGAGCGCUUGUGCAUGAGCUUUUGAUCAACCGGGAGUACAAAAUCGAUCAAGGCCCGUAUACGGAUAUACGACGCCAGAUCAUGAAUCUUAUGUGCGACAUGAUGAGGAAAGAUGUUGCUAAAGGAUUGGGGACUACGUGGACGGUCGCAAUGGCCAGCGUCAUUCAGGACAGGUUGCUUCGUUCACUGAAGCCUGGGAAUUCGCUACAUGUUUUGAUCAGCGAGGUGCUCGACCCGAAAUAUAUUGAAAACCAGUGCAAUGCAGGCACAUUCUCGUAUGAUGCAUUUUUCGAUUUCAUGAGCAAUAUUCUUCCAAAGCUCUGUGCUCCAUACCGCGACCCUGAUGUCAAGGCCUUUGCUACUGACACUUCGGGCGAUGCAAUUGACCGCCUCGCGAGAUUGAUGGGUAUCAUUGACCUUUUAUCCUUGGAUCAUACCAAUUUCCUGCUCCAUGUUGCGGCUCCGCAGCUGAUCCAGGAAGGUCCCGGAUACGAACAGCGUGUGUUUUCAACACUUCUGCAAGAAGGGGUUAUUACUCUCGAGAAGACGCGGGCAUUUUGGCGUGUGAACCGCAACGCCAUCAUCGAAGACAUGAAGAAACGUGACCCAGACAAUCUGAACUCGGAUUACAAGCCACCUGUAGCCAAAAUCUACGCACAGGGCCUCGUCGACCUAGUCUUAAGCAACAGACAUCUACGUCCCGAACUCAUUCCCGAAACCCUAGAUAUGGAUCGCGGACGCCUCGACCAACUACGCUCACGCGCCUUCAAAAUCGCAGCCACCGCCUCGAUCCUUCUAAGUGCCAAGAACCUCCUUAAACGCGAUGUCCGGUCCCAGUGGAAGAGCGAAGCAGAGCGGAUCAUGGCUCUUGAUUUCAACGACAUAAAACCCGAACGCGUCCAGUCGAUCCUUGAGUCCUCACAUGCCAUGCCCGCAUCAACGCGGGCACAGCUAUUCUCCACCAUCAAACGUGUCCUUAGCCCCGCGACGGCAGCAUCCAUCACGGCCACGGCCACAGCUACCGCCUCAGCUUCCUCAGCUGCCUCAAUCUCACCAGAUACAAUCGCAUUACUACCUUCCUCUCAUUUCUCCCCCUCAUCAUCAUCAGGCUCAGACGCAUACAAUAACAACACCACCACCAAUACCGCAAAUGCAGGCUGUUUCACCGACCCCGUGACGAAACUCAUGCUCUCCCGGCUCCGAGCACAUGUCCUCGCGCGCCUCAGCGCGUCGAGCGCCAGCGAGCGGGUGCGGACCACGGCGACGGCGAGCCAGAGUCUGGCGGCCGCGGGCAUGCCGGAGUUUGUGAGCGAGGUGGGCAAGAUUGUGGAGAGCUUGGGGAAGGUUAGGGAGGUAGAUUGGUUGUGUCAUGGGAUGGUUUAUGAGGGGAUUUGGAGUGAGAGGGAGGACGGGGAGGGCGGGGGCGAGGGUGGGGGCGAGGGCGAGGGGGGGAAGGAUGAGAAUGAGCGAUGAGUGAUUAGUGAUGAGGGUUAUGUGUUAUGCGUGAUAGAGGCAUCGCAUGGAUUGUAGAUUUGGCUGGGUGUUUUUUUAGAUGCACCGGUUUCGGGGUCGGUUUUCAUAUGAUAAUGCCGGUUUUGCUUUUUUUCUUUUUUGUUUUUUACUAGAGACGGUGGGUCUGGUGUGUCUUUCUCACCACCCAUGUUGCGUUAUUUUUAUUCUUACCUUUAAUGGUUUUUUUUACUUCUCACUGUUUCUCAUGUUCAGGCCCUUCUCCAUCAAUUCAGACAUGCAUGUCUUUUAGCAUAUUUCUUUGCUUUUUAUUUCCAUCUUUCUUUCUUCCCCCUAUUGUCACCUUUUUAACGUGUGGUAAUGAGCGUUGAGAGGAAUUCAGAUCACCCUUUUUUUUGGAUAAUAUAACCAGGUUGCAAACAACAUAUUGGCGAGUGGUGAAAUUCUUUUUUUUGUUUUUCCUAUAUACGUAUCUUUGAAUAAUCUAUUGAGUGUAUUAUUUUUAUCUAGAUAUGUUAUAUUCAUUUUGAAUCAAUUUUUUUUUUAAAGAUCAGAAUAAUGUGCUGGCAGUGACAUCAUCGCGCUUAAGUUAUCUGAUCU